AUGAAUUUCGCUUACAAAGAGCUUGUUAAUUAUGUUAAAAUGCAUUGGAUGACGGCAGAAACAGGUGACCCCCAAUUUGCGAUAGCUUGUUCACAGAUUUCUUUUUCUUUUGGGGCUAUAUGUUUACCUUGUGCCAUCGGUGCCAUCUUUAGGCUUACAGAACCUUACUUUCAAUUUAUAGAUGCAUCUGAUUAUCGGUGGUCAAUCAGGAUUAUUAUGACUGUGCAACAUGUUGGGGCCUUACUAGGCUGUUUAGCACCGAUAUCUAGAUGUUUUUCUGUUACCAGUUAUGUCAAGCCUUCUAAGAAAUGGAGCAAGAACCAUCUAAAUGUGUUCAAAGUUGAAAAACAAUGGAUAGAAAGACUUCAGCAAUGGAAACGCAUCCACGUCCGUUCUCAUAUCCCAGGGCGCCAUUGCAAAAAGGUUUUCCAUCUGGUCAAAAACAUGAUUUUGAACGUUUGUAUUGCACUACAGAUAGUGGCUGCAGUUAUAUGUAAAACAUUUUGUCUUGUUCCUAGAUGUUUCCUGAUCUUAUUCUUUUAUUGUUGCUAUCUCUGCAAAUUAUUAUUGAAAAGGUUUAAAUGGGUGUCAAAAAAUGACUACGUAAGUGAAGAAGAGGUGGAAAAAUAUGCCAAGUAUGUUAUGCUAGCUGAAGAAGAGGCGAACCUUUCAGAGAGAAUAUUGACAAAUAUGCUUCAAUCUAUAACUAAGCUUAUUAAAGUAUCUGCAGAGAAGGAGCCGAAAAAUCUUAUGAAGCUUCUAGAUAAAUCUACAGGAUUCAAUGGAGUAAUAAAGUUCGACGAUGAUGAAGUCCCGCCUUUAUAUCCUGAAGAAACCCAGAAUUGUUGGAGCCUAGUAGCGGUAACGUUAACGACUAUCGCAAUUGCACUUCCUGGCAUUUCAAAUAGCCAUGUCAAAGAAUUACUUGCUAAUGCGAGAAAAGCAGCUAGACGUUUGUGGACAGAAGUUGAGUUAUACAACAAGUGGCUACAUAUUGAUCUUCAAAAGAAGUUUAGAAAGUCAAAAUCAACAAAACAGAUUCUUCAAUGGUUGGGUGAUGAAGCAGUCAAAAAUGUGAUAGAGUUUAAGAGCUGCAAAAACGGAAGUUUGAACCGCUCUGUUCAUAAUUUUAUUGCUUCCAGUUCCAUGUAUAGAAUUAGUCAAACCAUACUUCUCCACUGCAAUACGCAAGAAAAUUGGCCAAAUGAUGGGGAACUUUUUGAGUGGAUAUCAACAAUAAUUGCAGAUCUAUUCUGUGUUUGCCUUACCAACUUACCACGUGUCAUAAAAAUGAAGUGUCAUCACGAUGCAAUAGAGAAAAGGAGGGACAGUAUUCAGAUUGCUGCUGAGCUUCUUGGUAAAUCCAAAAAGAUUCUUGAGAUCCUCGAAGAUCGCCAACUUCCACAUUUAGAUUUAGACUCGAUGGCCUAUAUCAAUAAGUGGCGAGCUUUGCCAAAUAGUCAAACACCUAACCGUUGUACUUCUUCAACCAGAGUUCAGCUUACUUCUUCGAGUUCUAGUGAAUUGCCCAUUGUAACUGUCGUGUAA